AUGAAUAUAUCCCCUGAAGAGUCUGUUACCUGUCAUAGAUAUCUGGAUGCUUAUACUUGUCUACCCAUAGCACCAUUUGCCGACCGUAUGACCUCCACAAUUGGGAAGGAAACGACAACUAAUGCUACAGCUAUAGAUUCGAAUAACACCAGAAGCACGGUGAACUCAGGAUGGACUCAAAGCCCAGAUGGACGAGGCAGCUUUGACAUACUCUGGAACUGUGCCUCUGUUAUGAUAUUAUGCUCCUGGUCGAUACUCUGUUUAAAUCUUCCUGCUCCAGGCGAAACUAUCUUUGUGAGUAUCUGCCGGCGAUUGUGGCUUACGGCUCUCGGUUUUCUUGGCCCCGAAUUCACCCUGCAAGCAGCAAUCGGGCAAUGGGCAGCAGCUAGGCAGUCAGUUGAGGAAUUUAGAGGGGCUGGGAUUGAGGGCUGGGAAAUGAUACAUGCCUUCUUUGCAAAUGCUGGAGGGUUUGUACUCAAGACUUCAGAUCAUCCGGAUUAUUUCGUUCCUUUGAACGCAAAGCAAUUGCUACACCUUGUUAAAAGCGAAUACGUUCUCUUGGAUUCGACUGAGAACAUUAAGAAAACUGUUAAGGAUCGGAAUAAGACAGAUGGUGUUCUUCGUGCCAUUACGAUCCUCCAAACGACCUGGUUCAUGGUGAACUUUCUUACCCGCUUGAUAGAACAUCUACCCGUCACUGGAUUGGAAAUUACAACAGUGGCAUUUAUAUUGUGCGCCUUGGGUACUUCUGUGUGUUGGUGGUAUAAGCCUGCAGACGUAACUACCCCGGUAAUCAUCUCAUCUCAAUUCACCAUCGCCGAGAUCCAAAACGGUGCCGCAGUGACCAGACAUGACCACUCACCUCUUGAUUGUAUUGUCUCACGUCAAGAAUGGCCCUGGUCACGCUCCUGGCAACAUUGGAUCAAUAUCCUCCGGUGGAUGAGAAUCGAGAAAGUCCUCUUUGUCGAGUACGCGAAUGAAGCCGGCGACGGCACUUAUAUCACGAGAAUUGAGAAUACAUAUUGGUACGAACUAAAUGGGGGUUAUAUGUCGACUUUUGCAUUAAUGUCUAUCAGCUAUCCUGUCAUUUUCUUAUCAUCCUGGAACGAGACGUUCCCAACACAUGUCGAACAAUUUCUUUGGCGCAUCUCAUGCGUUGCACUUGCAGCUACUAUUGUUAUAUAUUUUGUGGUAGUGGUGUUAUGGUGUUCCGAAUCAGAAGAAGAACGGAAAAUCCGGCGAGAAAUAUGGGAACAGAAGGCUGCAAGAAGACAAAGAGUCUCUUCUGAACAGCUACAUGGCGCAUCUCGAUUCAAUCAACUCUUACACAAGACUACAAGUCUCCAGUGGUUGUAUGAUUCUAAAGCCAAAAUAAUCAACAAUUCCAAAACAAAUGAUCCUUUACUCGACGUCAACCCGAAAGCCCAAGUAAGCAUGUAUGUUUGCGCCUUUAUAUAUUGUUGUGCCAGGACAUAUCUUUACAUAGCGGAUCUGACGCAAUUGAGGUCGAUGCCCAAAGGCGCCUAUGAAACUGUACAUUGGCCAAGUUGGUUCCCUCACAUUGAAUGA